CAUGUACAUACAUAUGCACAUUUCACCCAAACACCGACUGCUCUCACACACACACCAGCAGCUGAACUGACACAUCGUCACAAACACACACACACAUUUGCCUACUCACGUCUCUGUCGGCUCAUUCUCCUGCUCACCUCUGGGCUUUCUGGCCAUCAGGCUGUGCUGCUGGACCUUUACUGGACCUGGUUCCACUCUCCUGGAUCUGGACUAGACAGCAAGUUUCAGCCAGCCAUUGGAAAUGGACAGAGAGAAGAGACAGAGGGAUGUGUGAUGGAAGAGAGGGGGAGGUAGGCAAAGAGAGAGAGGGCGAGAGAGGUAGAGACCAUAUUUCUGUCUAGAGGAAGGCAGGGAAUUGGUGACACUGGAGCAGCAUGUCUCAAACCAAGAGAUACACUUACAGCAGGACCACCAGCAGUGGUAGCAGCAGGAUGAGUUCAGACGGAGGCGGACGGUCGGUGAAGGUGGGCUCUGUGGUGGAGGUCAUUGGUAAAGGUCACCGUGGAACUGUGGCCUACAUCGGCACCACACUCUUCGCCUCUGGAAAAUGGGUGGGGGUCAUCCUGGAGGAGCCCAAAGGCAAGAAUGAUGGCACAGUGCAAGGCAAGCGCUACUUCACCUGCACGGAGAACCAUGGGAUAUUUGUGCGCCAAUCACAGAUUCAGUUGGUGGAGGAUGGGGUAGACACGACGUCACCUGACACCCCUGAACCUGCCACUGCAAAAGUGCCUAAACGAGAGAUUCUAGAAGCUCCCAAGGCCAAUAAAGUGCGAGGAGCCAAACCCAAAAAGACGCCUGCUCCUCGUAAGACCACGGCCAGGAGGCCUAAGGCACGGGCAGGGGUCGGGGUGAAGGUGGGCUCUGGCUCUGCCUCUGCUGGAGAGAUGAGCAGCAGUGAACCCAGCACUCCUGCUCAAACGCCAUUGGCUGCCCCGGUCAUCCCCUCCCCUGUGGGAAACCUCCCCUCCCCUGGAGCUCCGCCCAUUCCAGCCCCCAGUAAGUGUGACGUCAUGGAUACACAGGAGGAAGAGGCUCUGCGUGCGCAGGUGAAAGAUCUGGAAGAGAAGCUGGAAACUCUACGGAUGAAGCGGGCGGAGGACAAGGCCAAGCUGAAGGAGCUGGAGAAACACAAGAUCCAGUUGGAGCAGCUGCAUGAGUGGAAGAGCAAGAUGCAGGAACAGCAGAACGAGCUGCAGAAACAACUCAAAGAGGCCAAGAAGGAGGCAAAAGAAGCUCUGGAGGCGAAGGAGCGUUACAUGGAGGAGAUGGCCGAUACAGCAGAUGCCAUUGAGAUGGCCACCUUAGACAAGGAGAUGGCAGAGGAGAGGGCGGAGUCUCUGCAGCAGGAGGCCGACGCCCUCAAAGAGAAAGUGGAGGAGCUGACCAUGGACCUGGAGAUCCUUAAACAUGAGAUAGAGGAGAAAGGCUCUGAUGGAGCAGCUUCUAGUUACCAUGUGAAACAGUUAGAGGAGCAAAAUGCCCGUCUGAAGGAGGCCUUAGUCCGGAUGCGUGAUUUGUCAGCCUCUGAAAAGCAAGAGCAUUUAAAGCUGCAGAAGCAGAUGGAGAAGAAGAACUUUGAGCUGGAUACGCUGAGGACACAGAAAGAGAAAAUGCAAGAGGAGAUGAAGUUUGCAGAGAAGACCAUAGAUGAGCUCAAAGAGCAGGUGGAUGCUGCACUCGGAGCAGAAGAGAUGGUGGAGAUGCUGACAGAACGGAAUCUUGACCUGGAGGAGAAAGUGCGGGAGCUCAGAGAGACGGUCACUGACCUGGAGGCCAUUAAUGAGAUGAAUGACGAGCUUCAGGAGAACGCCCGAGAAACAGAACUGGAGCUGAGGGAGCAGCUGGACCUGAGUGCGGCCAGCGUAAGAGAGGCGGAGAAACGCGUGGAGGCCGCACAAGAGACCGUGGCCGACUACCAGCACACCAUCCAAAAAUACAGAGAGCUAACUGCACACCUGCAGGAGGUGAACAGAGAGCUGAUGAGCCAGCAGGAGGCCACGGCUGAGCCGCAGCAGCAGCCUACUGAGAUCUUCGACUUUAAGAUCAAAUUUGCUGAAACCAAAGCAUAUGCAAAGGCUAUUGAGAUGGAGCUGCGUAAGAUGGAGGUGGCUCAGGCAAGCAGGCAGGUGUCUCUACUCACCUCCUUCAUGCCAGACUCCUUCCUGCGACACGGGGGAGACCACGACUGCAUCCUUGUCCUACUGCUCAUUCCCAGACUCAUCUGCAAGGCCGAGCUGAUCAGUAAGCAGGCGCAGGAGAAGUUUGAUCUGACCGAGAGCUGCUCCCAGAGGCCGGGGAUGAGAGGGGCUGUGGGGGAACAGCUCAGCUUCGCCGCCGGACUCAUUUACUCUCUCAGCCUACUGCAGGCCACACUGCACAAAUACGAACAGGCUCUGAAUCAGUGUGAUGUUGAGGUGUAUAAGCGUGUAGGCUCUCUCUACUCAGAGAUGUCCGUGCACGAGCGCUCUCUCGACUUCCUGAUCGAUCUGCUGCACAAAGACCAGCUGGAUGAAACAGUGAAUGUAGAGCCACUCACUAAGGCCAUUAAAUACUAUCAGCACCUCUACAGUAUUCAUCUAGCUGAACAGACUGAGGACUGCACCAUGCAGCUGGCUGACCAUAUUAAAUUUACACAGAGUGCCCUGGACUGCAUGGCGAUCGAGGUGGGUCGUCUGCGCGCCUUCCUGCAGGCGGGGCAGGAUGAGACACAGCUGUCACAGCUGCUGAAGGAUCUGGACACUUCCUGUAGUGACAUCCGCCAGUUCUGCAAGAAGAUCCGCCGCCGCAUGCCGGGCACUGAUGCCCCGGGCAUCCCAGCUGCUCUCAACUUCGGCCCUCAGGUGAGUGAGACGCUGGCAGAGAGCAGGAGGCAGCUGGCAUGGGUGAACGCUGUACUGCAGGAAGUAGCUGCAGCAGGCGCUCAGCUCAUUGCUCCACUUGGAGAACAUGAAGGUCUACCCACCCUUAAGCUGGAGGACAUGGCCUUCAAAGCAGCUGAACAGAUCUACGGCUCACAGGGUAUAAACCCCUAUGAGUGUCUUCGCCAGUCCUGCAGUGUUGUCAUAGCAACCAUGAACAAGAUGGCCACUGCUAUGCAGGAGGGGGAGUAUGACUCUGAAAAGCCACAGAGCGGGGUAGCUCCAGUGGACGUGCGGGCAGCUGCCCUGAGGGCAGAGAUCACAGAUGCUGAAGGACUCGGCCUCAAACUGGAGGACAGAGAAACUGUCAUCAAAGAGCUCAAGAAAUCCCUCAAAAUAAAGGGUGAGGAGCUAAGUGAGGCCAAUGUGCGGCUGAGUCUGCUGGAGAAGAAGCUGGACAGCGCGUCGAAGGAUGCCGACGAACGAGUGGAGAAAAUCCAGACUGUUCUAAACGAGACUCAGGCACUCCUGAAGAAGAAAGAGAAGGAAUUUGAGGAGACUAUGGAUGCUCUACAAGCUGACAUAGACCAACUCGAGGCAGAGAAGACAGAGCUGAGGCAGCGCAUAAACAGCCAGUCAAAGAUGACCAUCGAGGGGCUGAGAGGAAGUCCUGCCUCUGGCAUUGCAUCCAUUGUGGCUGGUGGCAUCGCAACUGAGGAGCAGAAAGGUGCUGUAGGAGUGUGUGCUGCUGGAGGCAUGCAGGUGAUAGAUUCUCCAUUGUUGACGCAGCAGAUUGAAGCUCAGCGACUCAGCAUAAAGCGGCUGAAGAAUGAAAACAACAUCCUGAAGGCAGAGAAGAUGCGUGCUCAGUUAGCCUCCCUGCCUCCGCUGAACGUGUCUAAGCUUGGCUGGAGGGAGGGCUGUAGGCCAGAGGUUCUUUCUAGUGCCCUCUACCGAAAAACUGACCAACUGCUGGAAACGCUGCUGCAGAUGAGUGCCAACGUUAAAGUAGUGGACAUUACUGGAAAAUCUCCAGUGACCCCCAGUGCCCAGCUCCUGGAGCAGACCGCAAGGCUGCAGUCUCUCAGUGACACUUUGGAUAGACUGAAGGAUGAGGUUGCGGAGCAUGUUGUGUCUCAGCGGCCUGGCGCUAAGGUCUCUUCUGACUUCGCCACUUUCCCCUGCUCCUCCUUCGUAAAGGCUAAAGAGGAGAAGAUGGGGGAUGCGGUGUUGGUUGGUCGUGUGAUGGUACCGUGUCCACGGGGGCAGGAGCAAGUUCACCAGCUCGUGCUGUCUCAGACCCAGCUUCAGAGAGUGCAUCGCCUGCUUCAGACCUAAACAUGUCCUUCCCUCAGAUCAAACCCCCACAACACUUCCCAAAAAACCUGGCCUGCUUAUACUAGACGCAUCUCAACGCUGCUAUCAAAGGACAAGAAUGAAACAAAGCCUGUGUCUCAGUCUCAGUGAUUGGUUAAGAGUUUUUCGUUUAGGCUUGGCAUCUACACAGCCAAUGAAAUGCGAAUCUAUUUAUUUGUUUAUAAUUUAAUUUUAAUUUUAAAUUAAAUUUCAAAUUUUAAAUUAAAAUGUGUAAUAUUUUAAUUAGUCUUUUUUGCAAAGGUAUGGACUCAUUUCUGUCAGGCAGAAGAGAAAAAAUUGGUUACGGUUUUUCUCAUUCUGUGUUUUUCUGGCUAAAGUAUGUCAAAAUUUUGUUUUAGAAUGACUUAUUUUCUCAAAAUAUUGUCUUACUGUGUUCAAAUAAUAACUUAUUCUGCCAAAGUAAUGAUUGUAAUAAUGACUUAUUAUCCCAAAAUAAUUACUUCCUUUUGUGAAAUUUAACUCAUUGACCCGCACAAUCUGUUGAAAGUCAAUUUUCUGAAAAAAAUAGCUACUAUUAUUGUCAUUAUUUCAAGAAAAUAAACACUAUUUUGAGAUACUAAGUGAAUAUUUUGAGAAAACAAUAAUUUCAAGAUAUAAAGUCAAAAUUACACUCAAAAGUACAUCAACUGACAUAAGUACAUUUUUUGACACUGCUGCCAGAAACAGAUCAUAUUCAUCCAGUGUUCUCCUCUUUCUGCCAGGAAUGAGCUUCCAUAUGAAGCCGAAUUAAUGCAGUCAAACACAUAGUUUUGGACUUUAUUUAAAUCUGUUGAUAUUUUAGAAGGUGACCAUAAAAGGCGCUGUGCUCUUCCUCAGCAUCAUUACAGCAUCACAUCAUAUUAUACACUGUAAUUCUAAGAUAUUUCAGAAUGGAUUAAUUAACUUCACAACAUUUAAAGAUAAAGAAAACAAGCAAUCUUAAUAGUAUGAACUGCUAACAAUCUUAAGGAUUCAACAUUAUUCAUCUGACUGCACUGUUUAUUUGAGAACAACUAAGACAGCUGAACAAACCUGAUACAUGGUGCAUCAAUGGUUCAGUAUGAAUGAAGAAAAGCUUGCAGUUUAAAGGCUGUUAGGACCUUUUAUGAUUAAACGGGCAGGUUUGUCUAAGUACCUCUGUUCUUAAGGCUUAUCUGUCGUUCAUUCUCCAUUUACUUUCUUUGUCUUUUUGUAUGAUGUCAGAAACUAUUGAAUAGCAUUCCACAUGGCACAAAGGAUUACAUUAGCUGGAAAUAACAAUGAAUCAGACUUACUUGCAUCACUUUGAGCAUUUUAAUAUAUUUUUGACCAACUGAUUUUAAUUAGGGUUGAGUAAAAUCAGGAAAUGGAGACUAGGUUUAAACAACAGGAGACAAAAUGGUGAAAUGGAUUGCCUGAUAAGUUGGCAUCAGUAUUAACAAACAUAGGCUGAUGGCAAAUGUUUAAUUCAUUUCGAUAUGAGGCCAGUAUUUUAUUGUUCUCUGAAGGAUGAGACUGAGACGGGUACAUUAAGACUAAAAGCAAGAUUGUACUCAAACCAAAUUACUGAAAUCCAAAACUGCUUAAUGUGCUUUACUGUGCUGUGUAAGUGGAGAGUUCCCCCUCCGUAACGUCAUUUUUAUCCAACCUUUUCUUGUAGGUAUAAUCUAAACUUGCUUCUUAGCAUGUGGGAUGAUCAUGACUAGCAUAAAGAAGAAGAUCAACUUGUAAGGCCAGUGAUGAUUAUGGAAGGAAGGGGGCAGUUAGGGGAGGGCAAACAUAUACAGUAUUUGCUCAAAGGUCAUUAUUCAAGUGGUCUUAAGUAAUCAGUGGUUCGCUUUGCUACUGACUGUGUAAGUUAUUAACCUAUUUAUUGUGUAAAGUGCAUUUUGUUGCUUACAAUGAUGAAGAAUGUGUUGGGCAUAUUGCAUUUGAAUGAAGUAAAUCCAAUAAAUUGUGCUAGAAAUGAAA